UUUAUUAAACAGAAAUUAUACGACAAUUUCUUCAUUGGAAGUGGAUGUGGUGAGCCCUUAGACCACGUCUCCAUCGGAGUAAACUUUCAGACAAUCUCUUUUCUUGCCGACGAAGCAAUCUUUCCCCUUUCUAUCUCUGCAAUUUUCUUCAUCGAUCUCUUUGUCUUUUCUCGGUUAGUCAUUUCCUUCAUUAUUUAGUGAAAAAAGUCUAGGAUCUUCUCUUAUUUCGAUCGAUGUUUGAGAAAUUUCCUCCUUUGUCGUUUAGCAAACGAAUCGGAAAGAGCUAUUGUUUUCUAUUUGGAGCCGUGAACGAAUUUGGUGAAUUCCAAAGAUGAGUGAAAGAGGGUUAAUAUAUAGCUUUGUUGCAAAAGGACAUGUUGUUUUGGCAGAACACACAUCUUUCUCCGGCAACUUUAGUACCAUUGCCGUUCAGUGCUUGCAGAAGCUUCCUUCCAAUAGCAGCAAGUACACAUAUUCGUGUGAUGGAUACACCUUCAACUUCCUAAUUGACAAUGCAUUUGUUUUUCUCGUUGUUGCAGAUGAAUCAACUGGGAGGAGCACCCCUUUUGUGUUUCUAGAACGAGUAAAGGAAGAUUUUAGACAGCGAUAUGGUAUGAGCAUUAAUGAUGAAGGGCCACAUCCUCUUGCUGAUGAUGACGAUGAUGAUGACUUGUUCGAAGACCGAUUUAGCAUCGCCUACAAUCUUGAUAGAGAGUUUGGGCCAAAGCUCAAGGAGCACAUGCAAUAUUGUAUGGAACAUCCAGAAGAAAUGAGUAAGCUUUCCAAAUUGAAGGCUCAAAUCACUGAGGUCAAGGGUAUUAUGAUGGACAAUAUUGAGAAGGUUUUGGACCGUGGUGAAAGGAUCGAAAUUCUGGUCGACAAGACUGAAAACUUGCAGUUCCAGGCUGACAGCUUCCAAAGGCAAGGAAGGCAAUUGCGACGGAAAAUGUGGCUACAAAACCUCCAAAUGAAGCUGAUGAUUGCAGGAGCAGUACUUGUAUUGAUCGUGAUACUGUGGGUUAUUGCAUGUGGAGGUUUCCAAUGUUGAUGAUCGCUGGACAAAGCAAAUGCUGGAACUUUAUUAUAAUGUUUUUUUUAGCCGUUUCUUUUUUAUUUUGAUCUCAUGUUUUUAGCCGUUUUCCAUUACUUGGUGGUGUACAAAGCGUUUCUUAUGUAUCAUGUACAUUGAAACUCUCCAGUCUUUGCCAAAGUCUAGAAACAUAUAACAUGUUCAACCAUGUAAUUAGAAAAACACUAGUACCCUACUACUACUUAGCCUUAUUUACUUGUUGUUAUGUGCUUAUGUUUUUAUUUGCAAAGGAAAAAAUCUUGAGCCCCUUCUCAUCUUUUGCACAAGAGAAUAAAAUUGGCUGUCUUUUUUCUUUC